AUGAACCAUCAUGGCGAAGCCAGUACAAUAGAGAGUCGUGCAGCGGCCCAAGAAAAUAUCGCAUCUUUUGGUGCCAGAAACGCCGGGCUUCAGGUUACACAAAAUCAUGGCAAUAUCACUGCAAAUUUCAAUUAUCAAUCCGAAGAAAGUGAGAUUCAACUGAAUCGAGAAUGCCUGCAAGCCUUGUGCGAGACAAAUCCUCAGCGCGACAAAGAUCGGAUCGAGAGACACAAGGGCGGCUUACUAGAGGACGCAUACAUCUGGGUUCUUGAAAAUGCAGAGUUCAAAAGAUGGCGAUUUGAGGAAAAGGAUCAACUCCUUUGGAUCAAGGGCGACCCUGGGAAGGGCAAAACCAUGCUUCUAUGUGGUAUCUUAAACGAAUUGAUGAAGUCUACUGUCGCUUCUGAGACCACGAUCAUCUAUUUCUUUUGCCAGGCAACCGACGCGAAAUUGAACAAUGCUACUGGCGUUCUUCGCGGAUUAAUAUUUAUGCUAAUUGAUCAGCACCCAACUCUCAUCUCACAUGUGCGACGCGAGUACGACAAAGACAAGAGAAUUUUUGAAGAUCGUCGAAAUUCUUGGGAGACGCUCUCGCAAAUGCUAGUUAAGAUCCUCGAAGACCCAACGUUGCAGAAGGUAUAUGUGAUCAUUGACGCCCUGGAUGAAUGCACCACAGACUUGAACCUUCUUCUCGAAUUCAUCGUGCAAAUUCAAUCUUCGAAUAUGCAUGGAAAAUGGCUUGUCACAAGCCGCAAUGAGAUAUCAAUUGAAGAGAUUCUGGAGACCCAUGAAAUCGAAUCCAAAAAAAAGAAGCUUUCGCUUGAGCUCAACGAAGAUUCAGUGUCCAAGGCUGUUGAAUUAUUUAUCAAUUUUAGGGUUCGGAUCUUAUCGAAAAGAAAGAGAUACUCUCCAGGUACUCGGGAUGCUGUUAUUCAACAUUUGCUAUCGAAUGCGCAUGGAACCUUUCUGUGGGUGGCCUUGGUCUGUGACGAACUUCUUAGUCCCCGGCUUUCGAAUUUACAAGUUCCGAAAAAAUUGAAACAAUUCCCUGCCGGUCUUGAUAAACUCUAUCAACGAAUGCUGGACCAGAUAGACAAUGAUCCUGACUCUGAGAUCUGCAAGUAUAUACUUGGUAUCACUACAACAGUAUAUCGACCUAUCACGUUGGAAGAGCUAAGCUCCUAUAUCGACUUUUCCGAAGAUGAUGAUAUCUCAUAUCUAGCGCAGCUAAUCGGUCUCUGUGGCUCUUUCCUUACGCUUCGAGGGUCUAUAAUUUCCUUGGUACAUCAAUCUGCAAAAGACUUUAUCCAUCAGAAGGCUGUUGACAAAGUUUUCCCUUGCGGACCUGAACAAGUGCAUUAUGACAUUUUCUCGAAAUCAUUGGACGCUAUAACUAAGACGUUGCGACGUGACAUUUACGAUCUCAUUCAUCCUGGGUACGAGAUAGGCAAAGUUGAACAGCCAGAUCCGGAUCCAUUGGCGGCAGUACGAUACCCCUGUAUUUACUGGGUCGACCAUCUCCGGGCCUGCUCUCCCCAAGUUCGCGCAGAGUUUCCCGAUGAUUUUGCUGAAGGCGGCACAGUCGAUAUAUUUUUCUGUAAGAGCUACCUUCACUGGCUCGAAGCUAUUUCUCUACUGGGAAGUGUAUCAAAAGGGGUAGCAGCAAUUCUCACGCUUGAGGAUUUAGUUGAGUCAGAGACAGACAAUGCGGAACUGGUCGAUAGAGUGAAAGAUGCCUCUCGAUUUCUUCUAUAUCAUCAAGUUGCCAUUAGGUGCUGGCCACUUCAAGUGUAUGCAUCUGCACUGAUCUUCAGUCCAGUCAAUAGCAGAACGAGGAUCCAAUAUGAAGAUCAACAGCCCUUGUGGAUUACUCUACAGCCAGAUAUGGAGUAUCAAUGGAGUCCAUGUCUGCAAACGUUGGAAGAACACAGCCUUUCAGUCAAUUCGGUUGCUUUCUCUCACGAUUCCAAGUUCAUUGCUUCAGCAUCCGAUGAUUGCACCGUCAAAAUCUGGGAUACCAGCAGUGGAGAAUGCCUUACUACCCUUGAAAACAGCGAUCCGGUACUUUCCAUGGCUUUAUCGCGCGAUUCCAAGCUCCUCGUCUCUAUGUCAAGGUCGUUGGAUGCUGUAUAUUCCAGUGAAUAUAGAUCUACUAUCAAGCUGUGGAAUACAGAUAACAGCCAUUGCAUCAUGACGAUCGAAGACGAUGAGAUAUUGACUUCUGUCGUCUUAUACGAACCCGAUUACAUUGUCUUAACAAUAUCCCAGAAGCUGAGUCUUAUCGCAUUAGCCUCAGCUGAAAAGACUAUAAAAAUUCGGGAUCUUCGCACUGGGAAAUGCGUUCAAACUCUGGAAGAGCAUAGGGGAUCCGUCUACUCGGUUUCCUUCUCACCUGAUUCUCUGCUUCUCGCCUCGGGGUCGGAUGACAAUAUAAUCAAGCUUUGGAAAACCGACAAUUGGAAUUGCAUCCAGACUCUUGGUGACGAUGUAACAGGCAUGCGGCGCAGUCAGAAUGUGAUGUCAUUGGUGUUCUCUGACGAUUCUAGAGUGCUUGCCGCCUGCACAGAAGGCCAUGAUGUCUAUCUAUGGAAUACUAGCAAUCGGCUGCUUCUUCAGAUCUUCAAAGGUCAUGGAGGCUCUAUUUCUUCGAUCGCCUUUUCUCAUGAUUCAAAACUCCUCGCCUCGGCCUCAGCAGAUACUACAAUUCGGAUAUGGGACGCCACCAGCAGAGAGCGUCCACGCGAUUUCAAUAGCCAUAAUGCUGCAGCCAGGCCUUACUUUUCCCAUGAUUUCACGCUACUUGCCACAAAGGCUACUGCUAAACCACAUGAUGUCAAGAUCUGGGACGUCCAUAGCGGAAGAUGUCUUCAAACUCUCAAUGACUGGCCCGACGACCCAGACAACUCCUUAAUAUUUUCAAACGAUCUGAAAUAUCUGGCGUCAUUCUUAGGUGGUCAACAGGUUCAAGUUUGGGAUAUCAGCAGUGGGGAAAGUUUACCAUUAUACAACGAGCUCUACUAUGGAUACUCGAGAUUUCCACUUGAACCAUUUGUUCCAAAUUGUGAACUAUCUGUCGACCCUCUUGCUUCUUCAAGUCAUGCUCAAUUUCAAGUAUCUACCUAUGACUUUGGGCCUCAUUAUUCUGAAGGCCUAGGCUUGACUCAAUAUGGGCCAUGUAUCAUGUGGAACAAUGAGUGCUUGCUCUGGCUGCCACCGGAGUAUCGACCGGCCGGACUCAUCUUAUCAGAAGGCAUGGUUAUCGCGGGGUCAAUAUUAUGCAUCUCAUGUGCUUCGGGACGAGUACUUUUCUUCAAUUUCGACUCCAGUGCGAUAUCACAGCUCAUUGCGACUUCCAAGGCCAAAGAAUUGGAACGUCGUACCAGUCAAAGUGAUGCCGAACUGGGAGCAGAAAACUGA